ACCCUUGUCUGCUAUGAGAAACAGGAAGCGCAUUAAAUUUGUGUUGCUCAAGCCGGAACUCGGUUUCUAGAGUCACAUUGAAGACCAAAACCCCGGUCAAAGGAAUAUAAGUUUGAAAUCUCCAUGGAAGACCAACACACAGUACUUUUGCUCAUGCCCACAGGACCAGUGUCCAGUCAACUCAUUCCUGAUGACUUUACUUGGAUGAUUAUUAACAAUGUUUACUUCAAAGGUUGUCCCACGUCUAUUACGUAGAGCAACGUGUGCACUUCAAGCCCAUGGAGAGAUUUUGAAUGGAUGUGUACAGCCAGUUCUUCCUGCUUACUGCUCUUUGCUACGACAAAAACAGAGAAACUACUCAACAGCAGCAGACAACACAUCUCCUCCUCGAUGGGUACAGCUCGAGCCCGAAUUGGACGAGGCUCUUGUGCCGCGUAAGUUGUCAGUGAGUCCCCUGGAGAGCUGGCUCUCCCUGCGCUACUCCCUCCCUCCCCUGCUGGAGGCCCCUCAGCCGCAGGAGGACGCAGGGCUGCUGGAAGAGAAGCUGCUGCCUCCAAUCUCUGCCCCUGUUUUGGAGGAUGGGGAGGGUUCAGCAACACCCCUUAGUUGCAAGAAUGUUUUGGAGAUCCGGCGGAGGAAGAUGAACCGGCAUAAAUACAGGAAGCUGCUAAAAAGGACUAAAUUCUUGAGGAGGAGAGUGCUGGAGGGCAGGGGGAAGAAGAAGCAGAAACGAUUUGAGGAGGAUCUGAAGAGGAUUUGGACACGAGCUGGACUGAAGAAGGCUCCGGAGGGAUGGAAUGCACCUAAGAUUUUCGUUAAACAGCAUGGAAACAAAAGGGACUGAGAAACUCUGACAGGGAUUUAAGUUUGUCUCACAUCCCUCACACUGGACGGCUCUGCACACGUCACACUUUACACACUGCAGUUAAAACAAUAAGCCGACUUUCUGUGCUUUGCAGCUUAACUGAGGCAUGUUUCAGUGAAAUAGACUUAGUCAAUGUGUGUACAAUUAUUUUUAAUAAAGUGUACAUAAACUAA